ACGGAAAACAAGCUCUCUGGGGAUUCUGGUAUUAUCAAUUUAACGAGAGAAAAGGCUCGACAUCACGAGAGUUUGCAGCACUGGCAGCAGGCGGGAGAGGUAUACUUGUGGUUGAUCCGCGUCGCCAGGACAUUCCCACUUGAGAGUGAAAUAUCCUCUCUAGCAACAUUCAUGACUGUGGAUUUCCUGAGGCGAGUCAGCUUGGCCUUUGAGUUGGCCAAUAAACAAGAACACGAAUGGGACUCUUGGUCUCCGUAUGCAACAGAGUCCACGGACGUCUGUUCGGCGAAGGAAGAUCUCGAAAACGAGCUUGAUCGUAAUUUCCUUGGGCCAUUUGGAGUUGAGCCGAUUUUCGCCGGUCUUCUGAAAAUGUAUGAGGGUCAACAGCGAUCAUGGAAGUGCAGCCUUUCGGAACAGUCCACAGCUUACAGAGGAAACCUCGGCUAUAGCGAAAGUAACGAUGAGUAUCGCGAAAAGUUUCACUUCACAAAUCUACACGAAGCAGCCCGAACUCAAAAUUACAAUCGCAUCAUAAAGGCGAUACGUCGUGCAGAAGAUAUCAACGCAAAAGAUAUCUUGAGUUGGACACCUCUUCAUUAUGGGGUGCAUGAUGACGACGUCACUUCAUCCUUGAUACAAGCUGGAGCAGACGUCAAUGCACGAGAUUCGGAUUGA